UACUUUAUAUUAACCAAAUAUCUGUAAAACUUGCGACUAUUUUAAAGUAAACCAGCCACCCCAAUAACCUAACAAAAUUUCUGAAGCGUUGUGAAAGGAAUCCAGGUUCCCAUGUUGUUGGAACAUCCGGGUCUUUUUUUCUAGCAUCUACAAUUCAGCAGUCAUGAGUACUCUGCGGCUGCAGAAGAGGCUGGCCGCCACUGUUAUGAAAUGUGGCAAAAACAAGAUCUGGUUGGAUCCUAACGAAUCUUCAAUGAUCUCGAACGCCAAUUCCAGGCAGAAUGUUAGAAAGCUAAUCAAGGAUGGUUUGAUUAUCCGUAAACCGGUCGCCGUUCAUUCUCGUGCUCGUGUAAGAAAAAAUACAAUCGCGAGAAGGAAAGGUCGUCACACUGGACGAGGUAAGCGAAAGGGUACAGCAAAUGCCCGUAUGCCUGAGAAAGUGGUAUGGAUCCGCCGUAUGAGAGUCCUCCGAAGAUUGCUUCGUAAAUAUCGGGAAUCUAAAAAGAUUGAUAAGCACAUGUACCAUACUCUCUACCUGAAAGCAAAGGGUAACGGAUUCAAAAACAAACGUAUCCUUAUGGAGCAUAUCCACAAACAAAAGGCAAAGCAAUCUCGUGCCAAGAUGUUCUCCGAUCAAGCAAGUGCACGUCGUCUUAAGAACAAGGAAGGCCGAAGACGUCGUGAAGAGAGAAUCGCUCUCAAGAAGAAAGAGAUGCUCUCUGCGCUUGCAAAGGAGGACGAAGCAACCAAGAAAGAGUAAAUUCCAUUUUUCGAUUGGAAAUAAAACAAAAAAUCAAAGAAGUUGAAUAAGUGAACAAUGCAACGAAAAUAUAUUUUAAUGCGUAA